AAAGUAUUAAUAUCGAGGCAAUUGAGUCCCGAGAGGAAUGUCACUCUGCCUGUUUCAAAGACUUGUUGAUGGGCUGUAGGUAGUAAGGAAAUUUAAUAAUUUUUCUUCUGCCUUAGUUUCCCAAUCAUUACCAUUCGCCUAAGCACCUUCCACAGCCCAGAGGAGUCCAUGACAUUAAGGCUGUUUCUUGAUGGUGCUUCAGUUUCCUACUGAUGAAAAUACAUCCACCACACAAUGUUGUAAAGCCGAAAAUGAGGCAGUGGAUGUUUAGGACCUGGUUCAGAUAAGGGGAUCCCAUGAAAAUACAGAACUUCUCUUCUUGAGCCUGGGAGGAAGUGUAAGAAACACAGACACAGGGAAAGGGCAGGGGCUGCCUGGCUGGCCCAGGGAGAGGCGUGGGAAAUAACUAUGAGGUUUGAGGAAGAAACAAAAGGAGAAAGGAAGUCAGUCUGCUUGCUUCCAUCUCCAGAAGACAAGGUCACUUCCUAUGAUGAAAUCAUGCUCUCCCACCUUCACCAUCUACUCAGUAAGCCAAUGCCAACCUCAUCCGGGGGCGGGAGGGAGCCCAGCCUCCUACAACCUGCCCAGGGAGUCACCAAAAGUCCCAGCCCCACUCUCUCACCCCCACCCACCACCAGUCACAGGCUGGCAGUGCCCUCCAUUGCAGAUGGUCCAGGGACUGUCACCAGGAUGACGCUACUGCUCUGGGCCUUAUAUCCCCCCUGGUCAAAGAAGGUCUGGAUUAGCCAAGGCUCUCACAGCUGGGGAGGGAAUCAUCUAAGGAGCAUUAUAAAAAUAGAGCCUCCUGAGAGUCACCCCCCAGAACUCUGCUCUUGGGAGCUGAGGCCCUGAGUUUUGUGGUGCAACCAGGCGGAAGCAUCCAGAAGGAACCGAAUGCUUUGUGGACUCAGUGAGGCUGGAGUUUGAGUCUUAGACCUAUCACUGGAGAGUCAUUCGACCUGGGGCAGGGCUUCUCUGAGCCUUGGUCUCCUCAUCUAGAGUGGGGGACAGAAGGACCUGCAGAUCCAGUCUUGCAUCUUGGGGGUCAAGGCAUGGCCUUCAGAAGGCCCACCUUCACCUCUUAACCCCAGGGAGGGUGUGAGACCCCACAAAAGGAGCUGAUCAGGGCGGGGAAGGGGCCUGGAAGGCCUGGGUCCUGCACAGGACUGCCAGGGGCUGCUGAAGGGGAGCCCCUGCGGGGAGGGAGAAGGACCAAGAGCAAGCUAGGAGUCCCUGGUGCUGGGGCUGGAGGUCGAGGGCAUCUGACCACCAGUGGAUCCCUCCUCCUCCUCUCUAGGGGGCUGUAGCUGGGCAGAGACUCAUGGCUGCCCGCCUUCUUGCUGCAAGAGCUGGAGCUGGUCCUGCCGCCGCCCCUUCACCUGGAAGGACAGACAGAGGCCAGGAGACACUCAGAGAGCCAAUGAAAAGGAGAGCUAGAGAGACAAACACUGACUCCUAAGGAGGUAGAGGUGCUGGCAGUGGUCAGGAGUCCAGGCAGAAAGCAGAGGCCACACAUGGCCAAGGUCAGAAUCAUGGCCGGCCCUCAGCAUGAAGAUAGAGGCUGGGGGCCUCUGUCGUGGCUCCCUGAGCUCUGACAACAAGGAAGCACUUUUGCAAUAUAGGAAAAGAAGAAACCAGAUUGAUAAAGGAAGUGCUGGUUACUCUGGGUGCUGGUGAGUUUGGGGAAGUUCUCUCACCCUCCCUUGCUCCUCUGAAGGGGCCUGAUCCACGCUCUCCAGGUGCCUCUCGACUCCCCAAGGAGGCGCCCCCUAGGGCCUCCCCUGGCCUUGACAGAGCUGCUUGUCUUCUCCUCCCCUGGGAAGUGAGGCAAUGGGUCUGUCCCUGCUGCUGUCUCUGCUGCUGUUGCCGACAUGUCUGCAGGCUGGUAGCUCAGAAGAAUGUGAUUUAAAUCCUGACUUUGGGAUCGAGCAACCAGCUCACCUCUCAGCCCCCAUGGGUGGCUCCGUCCAUAUCAAUUUCUCCUUCUAUUACUGCUGGGAGUUAGCCAACGAUCCCAGAGUGAGUAUAGCCUUGAGAUGGAAACACUUCCAUGGGGAGGCCAUCUACAACAGUACUCAGCCUUUCAUCCAUGAGAAGUACAAGAACCGCAUCUUCCUGAACUUGCCAGAGGGUCAGAAGUUUGGCUCCCUGCAGAUAUCGAACCUGCGGAAGGAGGAUGAGCAUAUAUACUUUUGCCGGGUCCAAGUGGAAACACUAAGAGACGGCACAAAGUUGUGGCAGUCCCUCCAGGGGACCAGACUCACCGUCACCCCCGCUGCCAAGAGGACCACCGAGGGCCCCACCACCACUGCCCCCACCACCACUGGCCUCAGUGUCUUGGAAGGCCCUGGGAGCUCAGCGUCUUCACCCGUGAGUGUGGGAGCUGUGGUCAUAGUGGCAGUGCCUGGUAUUGUGAUCAAAACUACAAUUUUGGGACUGAUACUCUACCUCAGGUGGAAGAGAAGCAAAGAAUGAAGCCCAGGACAACAGCGGCAUCCUCUACACCUCCCUCACUCUCUCUAGCUCCUCAUCACCGGCAGCAUCUCCCUGCAUCCCUCCCAAGGAGAGCCCCCAGGAGGAGACCCUAUAUUCUCUCAUAAAGGCCUGAUGAGUGGGACUGAAGGACGACCUCCUUAGACUAAGCUGCCCAGCGGGUCACAGCUUCUGAUAAUAACCCCGGCCAGACACAGAAGACUCAGAAGUCAGCAGGUGUGGAAGGCCACCAAGGACCGCAGAAAAACAGAGCCAUCUGCUCCAACUCCCUCUCUGCCUUCCCAGCCCUUGCCCACAAGAAUAAAAGUACCUAGAAUUUGCCGCAAGGCUCUAAGGAGAAAACUGAUGGCACCUUCCACUUCUCUCUUUCCCUUCUCGCCAAAAAUGAACUAUAAUAAAGAGCUCACACCUGAGAUCCCU